AUGGUCCAAACCGGAGAUCCAACAGCUACUGGUAAAGGAGGUGAAUCAAUAUUUGGUAUAUUGCAUGGUCCGUCACGAAAAUAUUUCCCAGCGGAAAUUCAUCCUAAACUAAAACAUAAAAAAAUAGGAACUGUCUCGAUGGCUGUUGCAAAUGAUGAUGGUGGUUCAUCAUCAUCAUCAAUGACAGAUAAUACUGGUGUCAGUGGUUCCCAAUUUUUUAUUACAACAGGUGAAGAUCUUGAUUAUUUAGAUGGAAAGUAUACAGUGUUUGGUGAAGUUGCUGAAGGAUUUGAUACACUUGAAGAAAUUAACAAUACUUAUUGUGAUGAAUCUGGUAGACCAUACAAAGAUAUUAGAAUCAAACAUACAAUAGUGCUAGAUGAUCCUUUUCCUGAUCCUGAUGGUUUGAUCAUUCCUGAUAGGAGUCCUGAACCAACAAAAGAAAUGUUGGAGACAAUAAGGAUUGGCGAAGAUGAAAGUAUAGAACCAGAACUUCCGCCCGAGGAAUUGGAAAAACAACAACGACGAACGGAAGCUCAGGCUGAAGCAUUGACAUUAGAAAUGAUAGGUGAUAUACCUUUUGCUGAAGUUAAACCACCUGAAAAUGUAUUAUUUGUAUGUAAAUUAAAUUCAGUGACAAGGGAUGAAGAUUUAGAAAUGAUUUUUUCACGAUUUGGCCCUAUUAGUAGUUGUGAAAUUAUUCGUGAUAAGAAAACUGGAGAUUCUUUAUGUUAUGCAUUUAUUGAAUUCGAGGAUAAAGACGAUUGUGAAAAUGCUUAUUUCAAAAUGAACAAUGUGCUGAUAGAUGAUAAAAGAAUCAAAGUUGAUUUUUCACAAUCAGUUUCUAAACUUCAUCAAGAUUGGAUUUCUACUAAAGUUAGGAAAAAAGUUGAUGGCAGUUUAGAAAAACGUAAAAGAUAUCGUGAAGAUGGUCCUCUUAUACACCCAAGAAAAAAAUAA